AUGCUCCAAUUUGAUCGCGACGACGGCUUUUCUUCUUCCGCGGCGACAAUCAUGAAUCAGACGGUGAUCAAUGGCGCCGCACCAUUCCUUCCGGAAGAAAUCAUGAUCAACAUUCUCAAGCGGCUUCCGGUGAAAUCCCUAAUUCGAUUUCAAUGUGUCUGUGAACGUUGGAAAAAUCUCCUCCAGUUGCCAUCUUUCAUUGCCGAUCACCUCCGCCAUUCCCGUCAUCGCAACCCUUCUCUUCUGUUCUUCGACACUUUCCGACCUGAUCCUCUGCAGAUACAUUUGCUGGAUUGCGAGAUGCAAGUCCGUGAUGUUCAUAAGCCACCUCCGCUUGGUUCCUUCCAGUCCUGCUGCGUUAGCGUCAUUGGUUCCAGCAAUGGCUUGCUCUGUGUCCAAACCCGUGAGUGUGGCUUUUCCUUGUCUCCUUCCCUUUUAUUGUGGAAUCCGGCGACUAGAGAUAUCAGAGAGGUACCUAGAUACAGAGUGUAUAAAUGUGUGUUAGGAUUUGGGUUCAGUUCAUUUGUUGAUGAUUACAAGAUAGUGGCAAUUGAUCGUAAAAUUUGCAGAGCGGGAGUGUAUUCAUUAAGUAGAGAUUCAUGGAAAGAAAUAGAAUUGGGGAACAUCUUAGAGCAUGUAACUAUUUAUAGGGAAACUGUGGUCUCUUCUAAUGGAGCUAUCUUUUGGCCUGGGUUAAAACCAGGCGAGGAUAACAGGAAGGAGGGAGUUAUAAUUUCAUUUGACAUAGCAACGGAAAUUCUUACUUUGAUACCAUGCCCUUCAGAUCACAGGGAUUCAUAUUCAUCUUUUAACUUAGUUUUGUACAAGGACAAACUUGCUGCACUUGUUAGUGGAAUUGGGGCCUCUCGAACCAUUGAUUUGUGGGUCAUGGAAGAAAACAUUGGUUCAUCUGAAAAUAGAUGGAGUUGGACACAGAAAUUUAUUGGCAUCUCUUGUCCUUGGACGUUGUAUUUUGGGGCCAUUUGGAGGGAUGAAAUUGUUAUUCCUGGAACUGAAACUCAAGGUAAAGUACAGAAAAGUAGUGGUCUAUCUCUCUUUAGUCUUAUUACGAAUGAAUUUAAGGUGUUGGCUAUCCCCAAACCUGAUUAUUGUAAUUUUCUUAACUAUGUGGAAAGCCUUGUACCCGUUGCUAACAUCAAGAAAAUUGAAGGAACUUGA